AUGCUUCGCGCCGCAACGCUAUUGCAGCUACUGCUGCUCUUCGCAACCGAGGUUCUGAGCAAAGCGGAUAUAAAUUACGAUCCAGAUGAGAAUUACCGGCCGCGUAACGUGACAGGUUUGGAUUAUUUCUAUUAUCCAUGGAUUGGCUCUGCCGUGUUCACCAUCUCCGGAGUCGAGCGUCGAGACUUCCGCACCGAUUCCGAGAUCGAAGAGGAGGGGGAGUUGAAACUCUGCAAGCAGUUGGAGAAUAUCACGUAUACGUGGUCGUAUCCAGCAAUAUUAGCGAUCACAGAGACAGAGCCGGAAGAGGAGCUACCCGGGAACACAAACCCAUUUGAUGUUUCGAUAUUCACCUCAUACUCGAACUUCACGCGGUAUUUUAGCGAUGAGAUGGAUGCUGGCAGCGACAUACCGAUUCUGGAUAUGCCCUUUAUAUUUGAGUCGAUUGAGUUAUCUAGAGACACAAAGCAAGAUUUUAACCUGACUGUCGCCGAGGGUACUGGAAAUGGGCUUCCUUUUCGAGUGACAGGGAGCUCGGAGCUAGAGCGGAACCCACUUCGUACUUUACAGGCGAAUAUGUCGACUUGCACCCGUACCGAGGGGUGGUGGGCUUUCAGUCCCAUUCCACUCGGUAUCAAGCUUGACGACGUUAGCGGCACGACAAACCCGACCGUGCAGCUGACCUUUGACGACUCUUCAGCAAGUUUCAGUCUUCAAUCGUGGGCUGUCGCGAAUACUUUGAACGAAGAGGAAGAGGAGACGCCAAGCAUUUCCGCUAGAUUGACGAUCGAGUUCUUGGGGAGGAUUGAUGCUGCGCGCUCGGAUGUCUUAAACAAAGGAACCCCAGUGACAUGGACACCGAGCCUGGGGUUCGGGAAUAAUUCUCUGAAUUUGGAUUUUUUUGAAUCCAGUGCGCUUGCCGCAGCUGGAGUGAAUAUUCGUCAUAUGUGGAGCAUUAUGGGCCCUGUUUUCGUAUACAUCUUGAUAUGA